AUGGGAAACUACUUUAUUAUAUCGACAAAAUCACUACCCUCGGGAUCAUCAGUCACCUUUAAAGACUCGUCAUUCUUUUUGCGCAAUGGUAAAAACGCCAUCUUUCCAAGCUCUUCCAAAAUACUCGCGAGGAGCGCCGAGCAAGCCCCAUCUCGUCAACGCUUCAAGGAACGUCCGCCAGUUUAUUUCGAGGAACUCGGACUGCUUGUGAAAUUUGGGACAGAGCCAAAGGUCAAUGUUGCCGAAGGUCAGUGCCUCUGGACCUUGCGUCAAGUUUUGCCCCAAAUUCCAGUCCCAGAGGUUUUUGGGUGGACUCAAGAUGAGAAUUUUACCUAUCUCUUCAUGGAGCUCGUACAUGGUAUCCGGCUAGAUGAGAUAUGGAACGUCUUGUCACGUUUAGAGCGAGAUCAAAUAUGUAUACAAUUGCGAUCUAUGCUCGAAGAGCUGCGCUGUCUUCGACAACCUCCAGUCGACUCCUUCGUGGGUAGGUAUCUAAGUCUUACUAAAACAUAG